AUGCUGCAAGAGAAACAGAAACGCAGCCUGAUAUCGCUAGAAAUAUUCCAAUACAUUCAGCUGAAGGAGUUUAACACUGACACCUUGAAGGAAGUUAUAGUAAGUGUAUUCACAGCUUAUAGUCAACAGUGCACUAGCAAAUUUGGUUGCUUUCCGACCUUUGACUUUGAUGGACAGACGCCGCCAUUGAAGUUUGCAGAGCAUGGCAGCAGUAUGCAGGAGUAUGAGACUGCGUUCGAAACGUGGCAAGGCCAAGAACGUACAGGGAAAUCGCUAGACAGUCGAGGUGUGCCAAUGAAAGAAGACAUCAAAAUGGUGGAUGUGUUCAUACUAUUAGAAGGCAAUGACAGAUGA